AUAAAAGAAGCCAGACUGAGGAAAUCAAAAAAAUAGUGUCGGAGAGGUUCUAAAGCCACGGAAACAAAAUAUACAAACAUGUACUAUUUCAUCAAUGGUUCCAAAUAAGGAAAUGGCGUGAAACGCUGUUGGUUGCAGAGAGCCGACAGGAUGUGAUCCUGUACUUAUUUUGGGUCCUCAGUGGGAAACGUUCUAUAGUAGAGCAAAUAUUAUACAUCUGCAGCUUGUGUGAUUGCAUGUGCAUACCAGACAGAGAGAGGGAGAGAGAGCGAAAGAAAGCAGAUGGGGGAGUUUACUGGCUGCAUAUUGUGUACAGUUUGUCAACAGGCUGACUAAAUAGACUUAGACAUGGCCAGAGGAAAUGUGUUUGCGCUGACAUUCCACUGUAUGGUGGAUGGUAACACACAACGCUAUAAGGAAGAAGGUGCAGUGCAACAGCUCUCUUUCCGACUUUUAUUUUGUAGGAUACUAUACAUAAUAGCAGUAUUUUAUUAAAAUCCAUACCUAGAAAGUUAUGUGCCUUCACAUACUGUAAUGUUAUUUCUCAAUCAGGGGUAAAACAAUUCAGAUCUUUGACUUUGCAAGUAAAAAUCAACAUGUAAGAUAGGGAUGCUCCACCAGUAAAUCCUGCAUUCAAAAUAUAUUUCAAUAAAACUAUUAUCAGCUAAAUGUAGCUACUCAAAGCAGGCCUAAGAAUGUUAUUACAGCAAACCCCCCUCCAUCCAGUUAGUUAUGCAUCAGAGGGAGCACAUUUUCACAACUUCAGGGUCAUAGUCUACAACCAUGUACCUUAUUUUGUAAAAUAUAUAUGCAAAAUGUGAAUCUCCUAAUGAACAAAUACGUCAAGCUGUGCAAUAUUUCACCACUGAUACUGGUGAGAGUCAUUUCGCUUAUCAACAACAUUCCCAAUCUGAAUCUACAUUAGCAUUUAUUUACUUUAGCGUGUGGCCUUUCAUUUCAUGUGAGUUAUGUGAACGUGUAACCCAGUAGGGUUUUUUUUAACCAACAUUUAGGUUAAAUUGAAACUGUGGGUCAAAGAAAAGCUGCAUUCACUGUGUCCAAAAGGCCACCUUUGACCGAGGAAUGUGCUUCGUCAUUGCAACUUUCCCCCUGGGGCUGAGAAGAAAGGGAAGACUGAGAAGGAGGAGAAUAAGGAGACUGGGAAACGGGGAGGAGGGGUGUUCUCAGCAGGGACUUUCCUCCAUUCCCCUGCAGAAGAAGCGGAAACACCGGCCCGGAGACUCCCCCGGUUAUCUGCACGCAGGAAGCAUGCGGGGCUGUGCGCGGCGGUGCGGCCGCGGUAGUAGCGUCCCGCUCCCGGGGAUCCUUCUCCUCGUCCCACCGUUUCUCCUCGCGCUCCAGCUGCUCGGCGUCGGACCGCGAUCACCACGAGCCACGGGGGCGCAGGAGGAGCAGGAGGUGGAGGAGCAGGCGGUGGCCUUCUCCGUUAUCAGCAUCGAGCCGGAGAGGAGCCCACGUCAACGGGGGUUCCCGCCCCGCCGCCCGGGGUUAGAGGAGGAGGAGGAGCGGGAGGAGGAGGAGGAGGAGGAGGAGGAGGGAGAGGGAGAGAAGGAGGAUGGGGAGAGAAGGAAGCUCGCACGCACGUAUGAGGAUGAGAACGAGAUGCACUCGCGCCAGAUGGGAUCCAAAACACUGGAGGUGCAGCCGUGGGCGGCAGACGGACCGUCCUUCACAGCAGAACUCGAUCGUAUCAUCGCGUAUGUUACCAGGCCACAGCUGAACUGCUCCAGGGUUUUGUCUCCAGGUGAGGCUCAGGCAGCCCAGGCCCCCGCUGAUUCACCCCACUGGCUGCUGUGUGCUGAGGACUGGCUCCUUCCAGCAGCAGAUACGCCGUGUGUUGCAUACUCCUUUCGUAUGGAUGGGUUGGACGACGAUUUUCUUAAGACUGUGUUAGGGCUGGGAUGUGAAGUCCACAGUUUUGAUCCCAGCAGCUCCCGUGCAUCUGGUGGUUACCGUGGCAACAGUUUGGCCAGCAACCAUGGUGAUGGAGGCGUGGUCAGUGUCAGCCAGCACAAGAUGUGGCUGGAGUGGCGAGCCCCAAGGAAGCGCAAGCCGGGGACAAGAAGCAACCUGGGUAGUGUUUCUCAAACACUGGCAGACAUCAUGGCAUCUCUGGGACAUCACACAGUUCAUUUCCUGUAUGCAGACCUGCUAAGUGCUGAGUGGCGAAUUUUCCAGAACUGGAUCGAGUCGGGAACUCUGCAGAGCGUUCAUCAUCUGGUUGUCCGGAUUCAUCUGCAAUGGGCAGGGUUCGAGGUGGGCGGAACCAAUGAGGAAGUGCUGCGCUAUUGGUUCAGUGUCCUGUGGGGUCUCCAAGCUUCUGGACUCAAGCUGGUCCACAGCUCUGCAGGAGAGGGGCACAACGUCCUCAAACAGACUGUAGCAAAUACACACAGCUCCUACAUACUCAGUUGGGUCAACACAGGGUGACGACACAUGACUGAGCUCAAGUGUACACCCAUGGUCAAACAUUUAUGGCCUGAAACAAGAAGCAGAAGUUCUGCCUUUGUGUGACUCCACUUUAAGACGAAAUACUGUUGUUUGAAAGAUUGAAGAGCUGUCUGGCAGGUAGCAACACAUUUUCAGGGUUUUUUAUGACUUUAUCAGUAUAAUAUAUUGCAUCAUACAAUGGGGUCCUUUUUGGAUUGAUGUGAUCCAGCUGAACUUUGAGUGUAGAUUCAGCAGAUUAUUUAAUGUAUUGUGUAUCUCUUAUAGGCCUAAAAUGCUCUAAUGUGCAAUCAUUCUUUACAUUGAAGAGUGUAUUUAAUUUAAGUGAGCAUAUUAGUGCCUAUGUGAAAGAAAAAAAUAAACAUGCUUUGUUGACACAAUGAAACACAUAAUAAAGCCAGAAAUCCUUCACUACCA